AUGUCUGCCACGCUUACUACUGCUGAAGGUAUGCUGGUAGCUAUCAUUCCUUUUUGGGUACGGGGUACCUUAGUCAUCUGGGGCAGGAGUAGAACGCUAGGGUGGGGCUGGGGUUUGUACCAAAGGUGGAGGAUCACCAAAGGUGCUGCAUGCAGAUGUGGCUAG